AAAUGGUAUUAAAUGUUUAAAAAAAAAAAAGUUAAAAUAUGCAAAUUUAAAAGCCACUAGUAUGAUAAAAACAUUAUUCUAAAAAUCAAAUUAAAAAAAAUCUCCAAAUGAAUUAAAACCAAUUGUAAUUGGAAAAAAAGAAGUGUGGCCCUUGUUUAUUUUGCUCUGGGAGUUUUCUUGUGACCUCCAUGUCUAAACGUUGGCACUGGCGGCAAUAGGAGUCCAAUUAUUUUAACUGGGAGGGUCUGGAAGCGAUUGAAUGAUAUACUAACCAAAUUUUUAAAAUGGAAAAAGAUGGGAGAGGGAAAUACAUUUUUUGUUUUAACAUGGUUUCUGUACGAGGACGGACAUGAAACAAACAAUCUCAACGUUUUCCAAUGCUGUAAAAAUGUGGAAAAUAAUUAUUACAUUUCAAUAUUUCUGUCAACGAAGAUUUGCGUCAUAGCCUGCGACCCACCUUUCUAUCAGCAGGGUGGCUAUUGUAAACACAACACUGGCGGCUAUAUGAUGGGACGUGGAUUACAAGGAGGAAAAGAAAAAAAAGAAACUGAGGAGAACAGGAUUCAAUAUUUCUUGGGCCGAAUCAAUCUCAUUCAUUGCCAGUGCGGUAGGAUUUUCUGAAUGUUUGCUCUGUUGCGAAAAGUUGUCAAAUCACAAAAGGAGUAAUGUGGAAAGACAUUUGCAGGGAAGGCAUACUAAUUUUGCUGCCGAAUACCCACUAAGUGCAAUUGCAUUACUUCUGGAAAAAAUAGAGGAGUGCAAAAAUAGAUUUAAAAGCUGGAUUGCAUCUCCAAACUCCACUACUACUGCAAGUUUUGUUGCAACCCGGGAUAAAUAAAGCGUGGAAAAACGUUCUCAGAUUGUGACUGGUAAAUGAAGGAGGCAUUCAUCAACAUAUCAGAAAACCUAUUUGCAGACUUCAAAAACAAAAUCGAGAUAAUACAGAAAAUCAAAUACAUGCCUCUUGCACUAAGACUGUGUAGGAAAGGGCCAUAAAAAUCGCAGGCUACUUCAUUCAUUCAGCAAAUCAAGGACAUGAAUUCAGCGGCAGCAUACUCUGUGAUGAGUCGUGUGAUGUAAUCUUUUCGAAAGGGUGCUGUUUUUAUAUAUAUAUAUAUAUAUAUAUCAGAGGUUGCGGUAGACUUUUUCGUUGUCUGUCAUUUUGACUGACAGUGUCAUAAAAAUCCGGUCAUAAUCUAUUUUUACAUGUCACUUACAUUUUUAAAAUGAUAAUAAUGACAUAUUCAAUAGUAUUUAGUUUUCAUUCAUUUUUAAUUAAUAUUCUGUCCGAACAAGCUUAACAAGAGGCAAACAGACAGCGGAGUGCACCAAUCAGCGACAGGCAGACGUGCCGUUAGCAAAGCGACGAGGGCAGGACGAGGGACUUGCGCGCGGAAGUAAACAUACGAGGAGAACGGAGUUUAUUCAACAUGGCUAGCGCGAGACAGAGUGUUGUCAAUGUCUUGUGUCGAUGUGUUUUAGCUCAUUUAAAACUGAAUUUACCGCGGAUUGGAGCAUAUUCUCGGCUCUCCCGUUCGCCGUCUGUGUUGUAGAGACGACUUUCGGCGCGGGAGAGUGACGUUGCUCGUGAAGAACACGUCACGCAAAUAAACAAAUCUGAUUUGUCGAUUGAUUUUGUACCUACUCGAGAGGCUGUGUCCCACAGACUUUUCUCUCAGUGUUUGAAAAAUACAGGGAGAACAGUCUGGCCGUGCCAGGCAAACACUCAGUUGCCUUGACAUUUUUCCGAGUAAGGCCAAAGAGGUCAUGCAUCAAGAGAGACAAUAGCUAAUUAAUAUGCUCACUCGCCACCCUGUGGUCUGGGGUGUGAAUUGCAACCUGUCAAAAUGACGGAUGGACUUCAGUUUUUUCCGUCACCGUUUUAAAAAACCGGUCAACGACGGAAAAUAUUCGGUUAACGCGACCCCUGAUAUAUAUAUAUAUAUAUGCAGGGUGCGUUUUGUUGCACUAUGUUUGUUACCCAGAUAAGGGGCACGUUAUGAACAUUCUAUUUUGUUGUUGUUUUCUUCGAAUCUUCAAAAUACAAAUGAUUUUCAAAUGACACUUUAUUGCAUUUCUUUAAUUUUAUCAAAGCAAUUAAUUAAACAUAAUUCAUUAAUAUUGUAAUGAAGUUAAACUUGAGUCUGUAUCGGACAACAAAAAGUAGUCACGUGGUGCGUCAUUCUCUUUAGAAUGCACUGCAAGGAAAAUAAACAUUUAAUCAUGAAGGCGCAUUCUGUAUUUUAGCCAACCUAGUUAUUUUGAUAGUAGGCUAAUAUAGCUAAUAUAGAUGCAUACAACAUUUGUUGCUUUCAUUUUAAUGCCUUUAUAAGGCUCUUAAUUUUUUGUGGCUCCAAACAUAUUUGUUUUUUGUUAUUUCGGCCUAAUAUGACUCUUUCAACAUUUUGGAUUGCCGACCCCUGCUGUAGUGUAAAGUCAGGCAUAUUAUGGUCUAGGCCGGGGGUCGGCAACCCUCGGCUCUUUAGCACCAGGAAGGUAGCUACAUUAUGAUAAUUGGCACAAAUGGUGCAGAUAGGUUUACAUUUAUAAAUGUGGAUGCACCAAACAACGACUGCCCUGCCUUCUUUAAAAACAUAGCUUCCAAAUUGGCAGAGGAAGGGGAAUGAACUAUUGUGGUCGGGGGGGACUUUAAUUGUGUCUUAGAUUCCAACCUGGACAGAUUGCCAGGUGGAAAGGGAACCCAGACCAGAAAGUCAGUUACGGUUUUGGGAUUGAUGGAUGGACUCUGCUUGAUUUAUGUGUGGAGGUACCAUCAUCCGAGCGACACAUAUUUCACAUACAGAUCCCAGGUGCAUGGGAGCUACUCCAGAUUGGAUAUGUUUCUCAUUUCGAAGGUUGGUAUACAUAGAGUAAUAAUAUGUGAGAUACAAUAACUCUCUCGGUUCAUGAUCCUUGUGAAAUUGAAAAUAAAGCUUGGCCAAGAAAAACCAUUCAGAUAUUGGAGACUUAAUGUCUCAAUAUUAAAUGACCAGCUAAUCCAACUGGAAAGGCUUAAGGAAUACAUAGAUAUAAAUGAUAAUGGAACAGUCACACAAUCUGUUUUAUGGGAUGGUGCCAAAGCUGUUAUGAGAGGACACAAAAUUCAAAUUACAUCGAGAGUAUAAAAAAACAAAGAGAAGCUAAGAGACUUGUUUUGGAGGCUGAAAUAACAAGGCUAGAAAAACAAACAUAAAAUAUCAAGAAAUAAUGCUGUAUUCGGGAAAGACAAAAAUUAGAUGACCUACUCACAUACUAGGCAGAAGGAAUGCUGAGAUUUGUGAAGAGAAAAUUUUACGAGAUGGGAAAUAAAGCUAGCAGCUUGUUGGCGUUUCAAUUAAUGAAAGCCCAGUCAAAUUGUGUCUUGCCCAAAAUUAAGCACCCAGACACAAAAAAGACCACUUCUCAACCAGAGGAAAUAGCAGAUCCAUUUGCUGCCUAUUAUGAAAAACUAUAUGAAGGCCAAGAAGUACUUAAGGAGAAUAUAAAAUCAUUUCUGGAUCUGAUUCCACUGAACAAAUUAUCUCAGGAGGAGGCUGAGACUGGGCUCGGCCAUAACUGACCAAGCGAUAGUGGCUACCAUUAACAAACUGAAGAAAAAUACGAACCCAAGUGUCGACAUAUAUUCGGGGGGAUUCUACAAAAUUUAUAUUAAGGACUUGGCCCCAAUACUGCGUAGAGUGUAUAACUACGCAUCGGCAUGACAGGGUCCCGCCAAAAAUAUGGUCGGAGGCAAUUAUUACUGUAAUACACAAAGAAGGAAAAGACCCCACGCAAUGUUUAAGUUAUCGACCUAUAAGUCUGCUAUGUCAGGAUCUUAAGAUCUUGACUUCUAUCCUGGCAAAUAGAAUACAAAAAUACACCAGACGACUAGUGAAUGAAGACCAAACAGGACUCCUCAUUGGGCGGCAUGGUACUAAUAAUGUUACACGUGCUCUAAAUCUCCGUUGCCUCUAGAAGACAAUCCCCAUCAUUGCUUCUCAGCCUAGAUGCGGAGAAAGCCUUUGAUAGAUUGGAUUGCGUAUUCUUAGAGCAAACGCUUAGGCAAAUGGGCUUUUAUCAAAUGUUUGUUAGAUGGAUUGGAGUCUUUUACACGAAACCGCAGUUAAGAGUCAGAGUUAACGGUCAAUGCUCUGAUUUUUUUAGUGUUGGUAGGGGAACGAGGCAAGGGGAUGCCCUGUCUCCUGUUUUGUUUGCACUUAGUAUCGAGCCCUUGGCUGAAUUGAUAAGAAGUAAUGGUUUAAUACAAGGAAUAAGGCAAGAGGGUGGACACCAACAGAAGAUUGCAUUGUAUGCACAUGAUAUAUUACUAUUUAUCGAAAAUCCUGUUUAAUCGAUUCCGCCACUUCUACAAAAUCUUGAGGAGUAUGGUCUAUUGUUUGGCUAUAAAGUAAAUCCCACUAAAUCACAAGUAAUGAUGGUAUCAGGGACAUGGCCCAGUCACCUUGAAGAGAUUGCAUCAUUUCGACAAGCAAAACGGGGCUUUAAAUAUCGAGGUAUCACACUCAAUCCUCAAACUACACAAUUGUAUACUAGUAAAGCAAAUUACGAAAUUUUAUUUGACAAGUUUAGAAAUUAACUGUUGAGAUGGGAUGUGCUCCCACUUUCCCUUCUGGGUACAAAAUAGGCUAUUAGAAAUAAUUUUCUACCUCGAAUAUUAUUUUUGUUUGUCUCUCCCGGUAGGAAUUCCAAUUUCAGCCUUCAAUAUGUUGGAUAUGUUGAUCUCCAGGUUUAUAUGGCAGAACAAAAGACCAAGAGUGAGACUUAAAACAUUAACUCUUGGGAAGAAUAAGGGUGGGCUUGGACUUCCCAACUAGAAAUACUACUUUUGGGCAGCUCAAUUGACAGCAAUUGUUCCUUGAAACACCAAUGACAAAGAAUCAGGAUGGCUGAACAUAGAACAGAGUUCACUGCCAAAUACGCCAUUAUCUGUCUUGUUGUUUUUAAAUAAACAAACCCAAAAUAAAGUGCAGAUACUGUAAGAAAUGUGUGGGUAAAACACACCUUAAAAAUCUUGCCAUAGUCCAAAAGAGAGUUAAAGGGGUUGCUGCACUUUCACGGGCAGUACAGAUUGAUGGGAAUGUGGACUUUCCUCUCUCAGUAUCUGAUAUUUCUUUUAGGAGAUGAGCGAACAAUAAUCUAGGGCUGCAGCUAUCGAAUAUUUUAGUAAUCGAGUAAUCGACUGAAAAUUCUAUCGAUUAAUCGAGUAAUCGGAUAAAACAAAUAUAUUUUCAGGUGAAGCGCAAUUAUAGAUAUACAUGAGAAAACAAGACAUUUUAUCAUUUUCAGUCAAUAACUGUCUUUAUUUUUGAUGUAUAUUGUUGAAAACAGCCAACAAUUGCAUCUCAGAUGUAACUAGAAUGAAAAAAAAAGACUAAUUCACUGCUUUCACUCAAAAAACCUUUAGAUCUUAUUUUUUAAAAGUAUAUACAUAUAUAUAUAUAUUAUAUAUAUAUAUAUAUAUGUAUAUAUAUAUAUAUAUAUAUAUAUAAACACACCUAAAAAUGCCUUUACGCUUGAUAACACACAUCACUUAAAAGUUAGGAUUUUUUCCCACGUUUUUCAAUUGAAUUUCUAUUUGUGUCAAGCCAUUUUUAAGUUCUAGUUAAGUUUUAAGUUAGUCUAACCUGUAAGUCCUGAUAGGAUUUUGAGUUUUUGCACUGUUCAAAAUAAAUGUAUGAUACAGGCUGUAUUGGAGCACAUUAGGGACUAGUGCUACUUGGUGUUUUAUCCAGCAAUGACUACUGAGCUAAAAUUGAUAGUUAGCAUUAUUGAGUUUUUAUUUGACACCCUCAUCACUCCACAACGCUGUGUUAUGUUAAAGCCUGUAUGUAAGACACGUUAGCCACGCAUCGAAAGUGGUCUUAAUUAAUUUAAACCUAGCCCUCCGCAGGGCUAACGCAAGGUGAGAUAGUAGUGACAGUAACGUUAAUCUUAUAUAUUAGCGCUUAGCGCUCUUUAUUAGCGCUUAGCGCUCUACUGCUUUAAGAUGGCGGCUGUUUGCUAACGCUGCCCAGACGCGGCCUAGUCUGUCAAUGGCAUCUAGUUCAACGUACAUGUUAUCUCUAUGAGACUCAUUGGACGCUACCUGCAACUAACGUAGCAUGUGCGGGCUAGUAUUUAGCAACGUCGGCGUCGUUUGUAGCGGAUGUCGGCUGCAGUAAGUUUUUUUUUUUUUUUGCUUCUUCCUCUACGCACGUGACAUCAGCGCGUUGUCCCGCGUUAAAAGUAGUCCGAGCAAAACGUGAUGCUUAGAGCUGUCAAAAUAAACGAUUACUCGAGGUGAAUAAAAUUACUCGGAUCAGUUUUUAAACUCGAGUUACUCGAGUUGCUCGAGUAUUCGUUUCAGCUCUACAAUAAUCUGAAAAUUAUUGAUCAGUUAUUCCACGACAACAUUCUGCAGCCAUGCGCGUACCGUCAAGAAAAAUUCUCUCUGCCACAAAUUGAUAUGUUCAGAUAUCUUCAAAAUUCGACAUUAUAUUACUACUUAUAAGGACUGGGAAAUUAUCAAGAACAUGCCAUCGAAUUUGGAAACAUAUUUCAUCAAUAUAAUCAAAAACAAAUUGCCCUUCAAGAAACAUGUCUCUCAUCUAUAUAGAAAUCAAUUGAUGGAUAUAGUAGAUAAUACUUUUUAUAUCAAAAACACAUGGGAGCUUGAGAUGAAUGUUACAACUGAGGAUUCGGAAUGGGGGAAAAUGUGUACUGGUUGCCAUAAAGGGACUGAUAGCAACACAUGGAAAGAGUUUGAUUGGAAGACAAAAACAAGGUUCUUUAGGACUCCCCUUGCUGUCUCUUAGUUUGUAAAUGACCCAAAUGUAAUGAAGUGCUGGAGGGACUGCAGGUUGAUUGGUGAGCUGAGCAUACUCAUAUGUUUUGGGACUGCACCAAGUUGAAUGCUUUUUGGAGAGGUGUGUAGGAUGUAACUGACAGAAUCCUAGGUGUUGUCUUGGAACUCACCCCAAAACAGAUUAUCCUGGACUUAACCCCCUGGAGAGGUCUACACGAGUGAACAAAAGUAUCUCCUACACAUAUUAUUAAUGGUGGCCAGGAAAAUGUUGACUAUUAAAUGCAGGAAUCCACAGCCCUCAACGGUGAUGCAGUGGCGGCAUAAACUGAGGAAGGUGUAUGAAAUGGAAGCUAUAAGUGCCAGGCUACAAAUGAGGUAUACGAGUUUCCAGAAAAGAUGGUGGCCUAUUGAAGAGUACUUAUCUUCUUGAAGAGAAACCCAGAACAUGCUGUAUUUAUGUGAAUAAUGAGUCAUAUGCAAAUAUGUCUGCUUUUCACUCACCAGGUCUGAUUUGUUUGUUGGUCCCGAUGUACAGUGGGGCAAAUAAGUAUUUGGUCAACCACCAAUUGUGCAAGUUCUCCUACUUGAAAAGAUUAGAAAGGCCUGUAAUUGUCAACAUGGGUAAACCUCAACCAUGAGAGAAAAUGUGAAAAAAAAAAAAACAGAAAAUCACAUUGUUUGAUUUUUAAAGAAUUUAUUUCCAAAUUAGAGUGGAAAAUAAGUAUUUGGUCACCUACAAACAAGCAAGAUUUCUGAUUGUCAAAGAGGUCUGACUUCUUCUAACGAGGCUCCACUCGUUACCUGUAUUAAUGGCACCUGUUUUAACUCAUUAUCGGUAUAAAAGACACCUGUCCAAAACCUCAGUCAGUCACACUCCAAACUCCACUAUGGCCAAGACCAAAGAGCUGUCGAAGGACACCAGAGACAAAACUGUAGACCUGCACGAGACUGGUCCAAAGAAAAGGAGGCACAGCUUCUUGCACUGUGUGACGAAGUGCUGGAGGACACCUCCGAUGAGGACGCUGCCCAACAACUGGAAUACCUUCGGCACUGCUCGUUGGAUUUCACCCUGAAGUGGAACGUGCCGCCAGGGGAAGUGGUGUUCAACCUUGACAAGUUCGGUCAACUCUUCAAUCAGGAUUCGCUAGAGAUCAGACGGUGCCCGGUCAAUCCGCGGAACACCAUGCAGAGAAUUGUUCUUCAGGCCGAGCCAUCACUGCUGAAACUGCACGUGACGACAGGCAUGUUCGAGCUAGCGUUUGGCUUUCGCCGGCCUUGCCCAGCCUUAGUGUCCCAGUUCUUCUUCAAGAUGAUGUCGGUGCAUUCCGAGUGGGGUUUUUGUGAAAUGAUUCUUCGGUUUCUCUGUGAGACGGCCCAAUCCGCCUCCCGUAUCAAGAAAAGGGGGAACAAUGGGUCCAAGGUGUGGGUUCCCACCUUGGCCGACAUAACGUUUGUGCUGAUGAACAUGGGCGUGUCGUUUGUUGCGCUCUUCCCCUCUGAAGAACUGCAGCCCCCAUUCACAGAAGGAGAUAUACUUAUGAACGUCCAUAUUCAAAGUGAGCGUCGUCCUGGCAAUAAAACCAAUAUAUCUCCGGAACACAACUGCAACAACAUCUUUGCGUACCUGUCGGAGGUCCUGUCUCUUUGCCCCACCGCGUACGAGGACUGCGAGCUUCUCUUGCUGCUGACCAUGUUGGCUCGAGUGGCCCUCAAUGCAAAAUUCAUCACCAUGGGUUUUGUGAAGAUUGACGUGCUGGUGUGUGUGAUAGCUAACAACGUCAGGGACUGGGACUCCAUGCUCCCCAAAAUCUGCGUUGCCCUUGCCAAUGUGACGGAUGACCACCACAACAUGUGCUACCUGAUCCGUCAGCUGCCUAACAGCCACCAAUUCAUUCGGCAGCACCUGAGCCUCUGCAUGAUAUCGAAACUCAUCGACGGGACGUGUGUCUAUCAGCCGCCCGGAACGGAAAUAAAUCUCGCUGCGCUCCGGCCAUACGUGCGGAGGAUGCAACCCUCGUUCCUCCGGCGUUUAAUUCCGAGCGCCUGUAUCGAGAGUUCCUCGGACGAUGGCGCAGAGGAAGACGACGGUUCCAUGGAAGAGCAGGCGUACUACCUCUGUCACAGCCUGCUGACGUUGACCUACCAAGCCUGCAAUUUCCAGUCGCUCCCGGUGCAUCAGAAGGAUAUUCUGCUGGCUCUCAGCUCGGAUUUGAAAACACUGGAUCUGUGGCACAUAGGAAAUUGCGAAAAGCGUUGGUACAGGUGCAAGGUGAAGAAUCAGCUGUCUGGGAUGUACACCGAGUGGGAGCUGGUCCUCCACCUGAUGAAGCCUCUUCACCUGUUUACACAUUACAGCGAGUGGAGACCCAAUUCCAUGGGAACAUUUCCGCACCGCUGCGAAGUAAGAGGCAUUAACUGCGGCACCAGGAAGAGGAAGCGGACCGACGAUGGUGCGGGCCCAGUUCCCAAACAACAAUAGUUGAACAUUUGCCACACUCUUAAACCUUUUAAAUAUAACUUUUUUUUGACGAAUGAUUGACUUCUUUUCUGCUGGAUUGAAGUAAUGUUCAAUUUAGCGAACCGAUCUCUUGCUCAACAUUAAUAAAGCAAUGAAAACAUGA